AUCCUGCAUCUCUGCACCUGCUCGCCUCCCCAGGGAGGCAGGGACAAUCGACUUCGCCGGGCGCCGGCUAGCCCCACCGGCGACGACAGGCACAGUGGACCACGGAGGAGAAAGUACUCUGCUUUGAAUGGGAAGUGCCAUGAACAAAGACAAAGUUCAUGACAAGGAGACUCACGGAACAAGUAGUGAUAUAACUGAGAAAACACCUGUGGAAACGGUGAAGGGUCCCAAUCUGCUUGAGCGAGCAAAGGAAGAGAUCGAGGCCCUUGCCGGAGCUGUUCAUACUAAGAUGGAGCACCAUUCCAGUCCCCACGCGAAGAAGGAUGAAUCACAUAAGGAAGGCAAGGAGGGGAGCCUGCACAAAAUAAAAGCCCACACGGAUGAAACUCACGGAACAAGUGCUGACAUAAAUGAGAACACACCAGUUGACAAAGUCAAAGGUCCGAAUGUGUUUGAGCGUGCCAAGGAAGAGAUUGAAGCUAUUGUGGAAGCUAUCCAUCCGAAGAAUGGAUCUGACAGUAAGUGAAGACUGAAACCCCUGGGGCUGUUUUGCCUUAACUGGCUGCAAAAGCCUUAACGUGAGGCCAUGUGCUACCAGAUAGAUAAAUGCUGUCAAAGACGUUCACCCAAUAGUCUUUUUAUACGCGCUCUGGAGCUGUAAAAGCUAAGAGCGGACUUGUUUUUAUGCUACACUGUUUUCCGUUGUAUCAUUGUGGUUUGUUUGUCCAGAGGUGUGUAGAAAUACUCAACAUGGAAUUGUGAUGCUUAAAUUGUUGAGCUUGACAGGACAUUAUAUUGUGCCACCAACUCGCCAUGGUCUGGAAGUUGUAAUAAGAGUGAUCAUGAAACAGGGCAU